CCAGCGGGAGUGGGUCGGUGCCAUGGAAAACAAAAGGGCCCGGGGGACGGGGAGGGGAGGAGAAGCCCGACGAGAGCCGAGGGAACAGGCGAUCCCGUUUCCCCCCACUUUCCAGAGGAGCGAGGGCGAGCGGGCUCCGACCCCCUGAAGCUGCCGGAGGAAGGAUGAGGCCCCUGCUCUGCUACCUGGGGCUAGCCACGCUCCUGGGGCCCUGCCUGGCCUGUCCCAGUGCCUGCUCCUGCUCCACCAAGAAGAAUGGGCGGCUGUUGGCCGAGUGCGCCUACAAGGAUCUGCAGGAGGUACCCAAGGGGUUGUCCUCCAACGUGACCAUCCUCACCUUGUCGGCCAACAGGAUCGGCUGGUUGGGGCAGGGCGCCUUUGCUGAGGUUCCCGAAGUGCAGUCGCUGUGGCUGGGCUACAACCAGAUCGGGCUGGUGGAACCGGGGACUUUUGCCUUGUUGGUGCACUUGAAGAACCUGGACCUGAGCCACAACAAGAUCGCAGAUUUCCCCUGGCAGGACCUCCGUAACCUCAGCGGUCUGCAGAUCCUGAAGAUGAACAACAACCGCCUGGCCGGGCUGCCCUGGGAUGCUUUCCGUUCCUUGAAGGACCUGCGCUCCCUCUGGCUCAAUGACAAUGAGUUGACCACCUUGGCCGAGGGCACCUUUGACAACCUGCCCUCCCUGUCCCAGCUGCAGAUCUUCAACAACCCCUUCAACUGCUCCUGCAAGGUCUUCUGGCUGAAGAAGUGGACUGAGAACACCUCCGUCUCCAUCACCAAGGGGGGGUCUACCCUGUGUGUGGCUCCCGGCAAGCUGAAGGGCAGGGCGGUGACAGACAUCCCCGACCACCACUGCGUUGCCCCCUCCGUGCAGCUCACGUACCUCUCCAACCUGGACAACACUGUCAUGUACGAUGGCCUCACCCUGACGCUGCACUGCAGCGUGGCGGGCAGCCCUCCGCCAGAGAUCAGGUGGAAGAUCCAGACCGCCAGCCGCCGUGUCGAGAUCAACGGGCCCAACGUGGCGCGGGAUGGAAACGUCAAGCAGAGCCAAGAGCGCUUCUUGGUCUUCAAGAACGGCACCAUGGCCAUCCCCAACUUUAGCAAAGAGGAUGAAGGCAUUUACACCUGCCUCGCUGUCAAUGACGUGGGCACGCGGGAUGUCUCGGUCAACGUGGCCUUGGCUGGGUCGGAGAAUCCAGCUGAAGACCUGCUCCGAGAUGACCCCCAAGCCAGCCACCUCGGGGGGCGGAGCUGCUACAAAGGGGAUGAAAUGGAUCCCUCUGGUGCCGGAGAAAAGCUGGUGAUCGUUUACCACAUGCCAAGGGAGUCCAAGAGCAGGGCUGGAGGAACGGUGCCCCAGGUCCACCUGGGGACCCUCCUGCUGGCUUUGGGCACCGUGCUCUGCUGUUAAAGGGGAGAGAAGGAAACGGUGCCUCGGGGGUUCCCCCUCUUUCUGUAGCAUUUAUCUUCACGUAGUGCCAUGCCUUUGCUGAGCUUCUGGGAACUGCGGGCGGUCAGGAGUCAAAGGGGGCCAAGACUCAGGCCCAGGGCUGGUAGUUCAACGCCCCCUUAGAUGGGGGUCAGGGUUAGUCUCCGUUAGUUGAGAGCUUCGGACAAGCUCGGGUGAUGUAGAGCAGAUCCUCACCGUGCUGCCACUUUCCAGGCAUUCAAAGCUGCCACCUCCUGACUUAUCUCCCUCCCGAGGCCAAAGUGCGUCUGCAGGAUUAAAGGCCACCCUCAACAGGGUGACCAUCACCCAUCCCCAGGGCACCUCUUGCAAACAGGAUCCCAUCGGCCCAGCGCCACCAAAGGUGACAUCCCCCCGCCGCGACCAGCACCCAGGCCCUUGGCUGGCCAGGCGCAUCCUUCCUACCACCAACCUCGCGUGAAGCACUGGGAGCAGAAGGAACAGGCUGAGAGUGGGGUAACAGACUGGGCACAGGCUCCUGGGGUUCCCAGGGCACGUGGCUCUUGGGGGGGGACAGAGACAUGACGGUGCUUGGUAAGCAGGAUGGGUGCAGUAGGACGUGCUGGAUGGGGCCAUGGCCGUUUUGUGGAGUAGGAGAAGCUUUCCCACAGGCUCCCUCCUUGCAGGAGCGCAAAGGGCUCCCUCUGGCCGGGUGCUGGGAGCACCCAGGGUGCCUGCACUCUCCCUGCAUGUUGCAGGAUCAGGCCCUGCCACCCUCAGUACCUCUCCCAGACGUGAUGCAGCUGAUUUUCCCCUCCAUACCCACCCCCCUUUCCCUUUACCGCUGAAGCCUGCGGUCCAAAACACUCGGCUGGGCUGGACCCCCCGAGCGGCACUGCUCCGGCUCUGACCCUGGCGGGGAGGGAUUGAGCCCAAAGAGACUAAAAUAACUUCCCAGCACUCUUCUCUGACUGGAAACCGAGCGGGGGCUGCAUGAUCGAGCGGGAGGAAGAAAGAUUGGGAAAACCCAGACGACAGAGAGAGAAGCUGAGCUGACCAAUAAGCCAUAAACACGCUCCUUAAGUGCUUUAGCAUUCCCACAUGGGACAUUUAUACCCUACCUGGCUGCCCCAGGGUGCUGGGGAACCCCUUGUCUCGUGGCAGGGGUCUGAGCAUCUCCCCCACCCCAAGGCACAGGCGGUCCAGCUCUCAAGUCUUCUGCCAGCGCUUGCCUGUGGGAGCUGGAUGGACCCCUACAGCCACCCUCGCCUUAUAACCAAAGCUGUAUAGACAGCAAUAAAUAUCUUUUUUUUUUUUUAAAAAAAAAAAAA